AUGAAGUCUCUUCAGCAAUUGACCCGCCGGAAGGCGUUGAGCGGUCUUAACACCCUUCGCCUGUCCUCACAGACCUUCGCAUCCAGCCGAUCAUGGCAGAGGAACUUUGGCGUGACUGCGUCAGCCGCUUCCCAGCUUGCUGCUCUGGACGCCUCAAAGCUGUCUAUUACCAAGACGACAACCCCUAAGGAGCUUACUCCUCCCAAGGAUUUGGUGUUCGGAAAGACCUUCACCGAUCAUAUGCUCACCGUCGAGUGGACCGCUACUGACGGCUGGCACUCACCUCGCAUUGUGCCCUACCAGAACCUCAGCCUCGAUCCAGCCACUUGUGUCUUCCACUACGCUUUCGAGUGCUUCGAGGGAAUGAAGGCAUACAAGGAUAAAAACGGAGGAACCCGGCUGUUCCGCCCGAACAAGAACAUGGAGCGCCUGAACAAGUCUUCUGCGCGCAUUGCUCUCCCGACUUUCGACGGUGACGCUUUGACCAAGCUCAUUGGGGAGUUUGUGAAGCUUGACGACCGAUUCAUUCCGGACGCCCGCGGUUACUCUUUGUACCUACGCCCCACCAUGAUUGGGACUCAGAAGACCCUGGGUGUCGGCCCGCCAGGAUCCGCCCUUCUGUUCGUCAUCGCUAGCCCUGUGGGGCCUUACUACCCUACCGGCUUCAAGGCUAUCUCUCUAGAGGCCACAGACUACGCUGUCCGUGCUUGGCCCGGCGGUGUUGGUGACAAGAAGCUCGGGGCCAACUACGCACCUUGCAUCCUGCCCCAGCUCGAGGCCGCAUCCCGUGGCUUCCAGCAGAACCUGUGGCUGUUCGGUGAGGAGGAAUAUGUGACCGAGGUUGGCACCAUGAACCUGUUCAUCGCCCUGAAGAACAAGGAGACUGGCAAGAAUGAGCUUAUCACUGCUCCUCUUGACGGCACCAUCCUCGAGGGUGUCACCCGAGACUCUGUGCUCACUCUUGCCCGGGAACGACUCGUGCCCAAGGGCUGGGAGAUCUCGGAGCGCAAGAUCCGUAUGUCCGAUGUUGCCCAGGCUGCUGAGGAGGGCCGUCUGAUCGAGGUUUUCGGUGCUGGCACCGCAGCCAUCGUCAGCCCGGUGCGGAACAUCAGCUACCGUGGCAAGCUCGUGGACUGCGGUCUGAAGGAGCAUGAGGAAGCUGGCGAGAUUGCCUUGCAGAUGAAGAACUGGAUUGAGACUAUCCAGUACGGAGAUGAGCAGCACCCCUGGAGUUACGAGAUUUAA